AAUAUUAUUUUAAACUUAUUUCUUUAUAUUUCUGUUGUUAAAUCUAAAAAUUAAACUUUUUUUUAAAUUUUUAAAUAGUUAAUAAAUUUUCUUUCACAAUGUUUGACGGAUUUCUAGAUGAUUUGAAACGCAUGAAUAAACGCCAAUUUCUCUAUCAAGUAUUGAGUUUUGGAAUGAUAGUUUCAUCUGCUUUAAUGAUAUGGAAAGGUUUAAUGGUUUUUACUGGGAGCGAGAGUCCUAUUGUUGUUGUUUUAAGUGGUAGUAUGGAACCAGCUUUUCAUCGUGGUGAUCUAUUGUUCCUAACAAAUUAUGAAGAAGAACCAGUUAGAGUUGGUGAAAUAGUUGUAUUUAAAAUUGAAGGACGUGAUAUUCCCAUUGUUCAUAGGGUGUUGAAAAUACAUGAAAAGAAUAAUGGGACUAUUAAAUUUUUAACUAAAGGUGAUAACAAUAGUGUUGACGAUAGAGGUUUAUAUGCUCCUGGGCAACAUUGGCUUGAAAAAUCAGAUAUGGUUGGUCGAGCCAGAGGGUUUUUACCAUAUGUUGGAAUGGUCACUAUUUUAAUGAAUGAAUAUCCUAAAAUUAAAUUCGCUGUUCUUGCAUGUCUUGGACUGUAUGUACUUGUACAUCGUGAAUAAAUCACCAAUUUAUUUCAGUAAGGCAAAAAAGUAAUUGGAAAUCUUUCAACUUGUUAAUUUAAAUUUAUGUGAUGUGUGUUAAUUGAAUGGUUGCAUAUGUAAUAAGUCACUAGCAUCUUUUCUUAAAUGUUUUGUUAAAGAAUUUUAAUUUUUCAAGUAUUGAAUAAUGUAUUUUGAAGCAUAUUGUUAUACAUUUUUUU